GGCGCUUUUGACAGCACUGUACUAAAGCUAAACAACUUCCGGUCGUGUCAAAAUAACAAAAUUCACAACAAUGGCUGUUUGCGUCGCAGUUAUUGGCAAAGAUAAUUCACCGCUUUAUAUCGGAGGAAUUGGAAAUGAUACCAACACGGACAAUGAAUUGUCUCGUCAAUGGCUUGUCCACACAGCUUUAGAUGCCCUGGAAGAACGACUAGCUACAACCAACACUAACACCACAGGAACAAAUACUAAUGCAGCUCGAACAGAUUUGCGUGAUUUAUACCUGGGAUUGCUAUAUUCUACUGAUACUCACAAAAUAUAUGGAUAUGUUACGAACACAAGAGUGAAGUUAGUUCUAGUAACAAGUUCCAUAUCGCCAAGUGGUAGCAAUAUCAGAGAUGCUGAAGUCAGAACAGCAUUGCGCAGACUUCAUGCUUUGUACGCCGACGCUAUUUGCAAUCCAUUCCACUUGCCGGGUGACCAAAUAACUUCGCCGAAGUUCGACAAGCAAGUCAAGAGUUUAAUGUUGAACAAUGUGUAAAUCUCAUACAUACUGUUUUUAAUGUCAAGUAAAUAUGUUUAUUUUAUGUACCUAGUUAACUUUAAACACAUUGAGAAUUUGUAGAUGAAUAUCAAAUUCAAUAAUAUUAAUCAAUGUUAAAAUUAGUUUAGUGUCCUAUUUAUAUUGUUUUUAUGUACGUAGUUAUUAUCUGUACUUUGAAUAAAUGAAGACUAACAACGUU